AUGACAAUGUCUUUCACUCAACCAUGCUCCUCAGGGGCACUUAUGCUGCUGGUGGUGCCAAACCUCCUUUUGUGGGAGAAGGUGGCCUCUGUACCUUUGAGUAGCAAUGGGACUGAUGAUGAUCCACUCUCCAUCAAAGGACAGUUUGAUGGUGCCAUGAUACUUUCUAAGAAUAUCAGUGACCUCAACAUGGAGUUGCGCAGGAUUUUUACCAUCAGUGAGAUCUCUGCAAAACUUUUUGAUAAAUUUCUAAGUUCAUCAUCAUUGAACUCCUAUGACCAAUUUAUGCUUGAAUUUCUUGGACAUCAGGAGUUACUUAAGAAUCUUACCUAUUGCCACAAAUAUUCCAUCAAAAUUCCUGAAGACAUGGAAGAAGCCCAAAAGGUCAUCUCUCUCGAAGACUUUCCAAACUUGAUACUCAGUAGAAUGCAGGCUUGGAAUGAAACUCUUAAAGACCUAAUAAACCUACUAGAAACUACACCAGAAAUGGACGAUGAUAUUCUACCAAUAUAUAAAAAUAUCGGGACAAAAAUUGCCGAACUUCUUGUGGAUACCGAGAGCAUACUCAGUCAAAUUUACGGAACAACAGAAAAUGUGGAUGAUUACACCUCUUGGUCUGGGCUUGAAGACUUUCAGUCAUCUGAUGAAGAAUCUCGAUUUUUUGCUCUUUGUAAAUUAACCUAUUGCUUGCAUGUCGAUAUCCACACAGCUAAUCUUUAUCUCCAGUUCUUGAGGUGUGUGGUGCUUGUUAAUAGUGAUAGUUGCUUAUCCCCCAAAAUUGAAAGUGAUUCAUGA